AUGUAUGUCAGUUUCCAAAGCUGUCCUUCAUCUUGCAUCCCAAAGCUGGGAAACGGACUGUAUAAGUGCAGAGCAAGAGGGUUGAUUGUGAGAGCAUCAAAGGAUUCAAGUGAUAAUUUGGUGCCAGUUGCUCCUCUUCAAUUUGAAUCCCCUGCCGGCCAGCUUUUGGCCCAAAUAUUGCAAAAUCAUCCACAUCUACUAUCUGCAGCCAUUGAUCAGCAGCUUGAGAACCUUCAAAAAGAUAGAGAUGCCCAGAGAAAAGAAACUUCUGCUUCAUAUGAAGAUCCCCUCUACAAGCGAAUAGCUCAAGUCAAAGAGAAAGAAAGACGCAUGGCAUUGGAAGAGAUAAUAUACUGCUUGAUAGUGCAGAAAUUCAUAGAGAAUGAUAUUUCAAUGAUCCCGAAGAUAUCAGCGACCUCAGAUCCCACUGGAAGAGUGGAUUUCUGGCCAAUGCAAGAAAAGAAACUAGAAUCUGUUCAUUCUCCUGAAGCAUUGGAGAUGAUACAGAGCCACUUAUCCCUUGUACUUGGAGAGCGACUUGUGGGCCCUCUUUCUGCGAUCGUUGAGAUUAGCAAAAUCAAACUUGGAAAGUUGUAUGCUGCUUCAAUAAUGUACGGAUAUUUUCUCAAGAGAGUUGAUCAGCGGUUUCAGCUUGAGAGAACCAUGAACACCCUUCCUGAUGGUUUCACUCCAGAUGCAGCACCAGCAAACCAGCUAUGGGAUCCGGAUUCCUUGAUCCGGAUACCUCCAGACGGUGGUAGUGAUAGUGAUGGAGGUAGUUACAUGAACAAUGGUGACGACAAGUCGUAUCGACUGAGAUCCUAUGUGAUGUACUUGGAUGCAGAGACUCUCCAGAGAUACGCUACUAUAAGAUCAAAGGAAGCAAUUUCUUUGAUUGAAAAUCAGACACAAGCACUAUUUGGGAGACCUGACAUCAGGAUUACUGAUGAUGGUUCAAUUGAUGCCUCUAACGAUGAAGUGAUUGCGCUUACUUUCUCUGGAUUGACAAUGCUUGUCUUGGAAGCUGUUGCUUUCGGAUCAUUCCUAUGGGAUGCUGAAACCUACAUUGAAUCCAAUUAUCACUUUCUCAAAAGCUAA